UUUACUUAUAGGGAACAGCAAUCUGGCUUGUCACCUCUAUACCCUUGUGAUCGAUAUGAUAUUGACACACACACCUGUGUGAAUAUUCGUCAAAUUGGUACAACACUAACACUUGGUGUGAAAAUAGAAGACGAUGAAAGCCGAAAUAAAUAUAGAAUUAGAUGGUACCGUCAUUUUAAAAGGCGACAAUCACUCUUCGACUUAAGAGAAGAACUAGAAAAAGGCAAAUCUCCAUGGAACAUAAAUAUUGGAGGCAAUAAUAAUGAGCUGAGAAUAUCACCCAUCACAGAAACAGACUUCAACUACAAUUUUUUCAUUGCCGUGGCCGAGAGUAUCUCCACCAAUAACAAAAAACGUGAGAAACGGAAACAGAAAAUGACUAUAAAAUUUCACAUAGAUCCUAUCCAUAUCGGUAAAAGCUUCAUUUUCGAAACAAUAACUUUUGUUUCUAUAAAUUGUUUCAUAAGAUAUGGAUUAUUCAUUUUAGACAUGGGAGUUUUGUAUCCCGGAGAAGAGCUUGUGAUUUAUGCCAAAGCUUUCAUGGAAUUACCUGUAGAUUCCAUUGUUCUUGAAUGGUCACUCAGUAAUGCUGAUUUCACUACCAGAUAUGACUUACCCAGUAACAUGAAAGUCAAUGUCGAUGGAAGUUCAGUGAUGGUUAAGGAAUUGAGAACAUCCAUCGAUAGAAUUCUGACAUGUUCAGUUUUUACGAACAGAAAUAUAUUCGUGGCGAGAAGAAACUUUCUCUUUAGAAAAAUCGGACAAGAAAGUGGUCGAAAUUUUGAUUUAAGGCAGAGUUAUAAACGUCGUCGUAAAAGAAGCUACGAUAAUGAAGGAUUUCUUGAAAAUGAAGAUAUCCACGGAAACUUAAAAAAAUACGAAAGAAGUAACGAUGACAGUGAGCCAGACAAGGAAAAUCAAUACCGUAAUGAAGAUGACCGAAAAUUCCUCAAAUCAUCUUUAUAUCAUCCUACUCGGGAAUCACAGUCAUUAUUUUAUGCCAGAGAAAAUGAUGAUGCCUAUGGUGGUGGCUCCAGAAAGAGAAUGACAGACGAUGAUACAAAAUAUUAUGAUGGUGAUUCCGACAAAAGAAUGACAGGUGAUAACACAAAAUAUUAUAGUGGUGAUUCCGAUAGAAGAAUGUUGGAUGAUAACAACAAUCAUUAUGAUGAGGAUUCCGAUGUAAGUAUUACCAAUGAUAACACAAAAUAUUAUAGUGAUGAUUCCGAUAGAAAAAUUACUGAUAACAAUAAUCAAGAAAAUGGUGUCCUAAAAAACAAAGAUUCUGAUCUUCAAAUAAUACUUAAGCACUCCAGUUACCGUUCACGUCGAGCUCAUUCACCUCACUCGUACAUUAAGGAUCACUCCUCCAAAAAGCACCCAAAAGACGUUUCUGUUUACAAGGGAAAAGAUUUCGAUAGCUCUUAUGCUGAAGAUAAAGGCAGAGAAGAGAAUAGCUAUUCGCUUGAAGAUGAUGAUGAAAGUAGUAAAGAUAUUCAGUUAAAGGGACUCAUACAGAAAGCUAAUUCUCUGGUACAUUCACCCAAAGAAAAAACGAAUCUCGAUUCGAAUUUAGAGUCGGGCGAUGAUAGAGCACCAACCUUCGACGAUCUUGAAUCCAUUCUCAUCUCUGAUUGCAGUAGAGAUUCGGAAUGCAGCGUACAUGCUACAUGCCAGAAAAACGACAAAGGCAAGCACUUCUGCCGAUGUUCAUCUCACUAUAAAGGAAACGGCAUAUUUUGCUGGCGUAUGUAA